GGUUGUGGGGCGGAUAGCUCCCCUCCUGAUGGAGACUCUUAGAGUCGGGUGGGCGGGGGACUCCAUAUCCCAGCAUGCUCCGCGGCAGGCCCGACCGGCCGCGACUCGGGGCUUGGCCCCGGCCCUAGCUCGUCGGCGGUGUAUUGGGGCGCGUGGAGGCUGCAGUCACGGUGGCGCCCGCGGGGACGGAGGAGGGAAUGAGUGAAGAGGAGCAGGGCUCCGGCACUACCACGGGCUGCGGGCUGCCCAGUAUAGAGCAAAUGCUGGCAGCCAACCCGGGCAAGACCCCGAUCAGCCUUCUGCAGGAGUAUGGGACCAGAAUAGGGAAGACGCCCGUGUACGACCUUCUCAAAGCCGAGGGCCAAGCCCACCAGCCUAAUUUCACCUUUCGGGUCACCGUUGGCGACACCAGCUGCACUGGUCAGGGCCCCAGCAAGAAGGCAGCCAAGCACAAGGCAGCCGAGGUGGCCCUCAAACACCUCAAAGGGGGGAGCAUGCUGGAGCCGGCCCUGGAGGACAGCAGUUCUUUUUCUCCCCUAGACUCUUCACUGCCUGAGGACGUGCCG